UUUAGUAAACGUGAUUUUGUCAAGUGUAGUAGAUGGUGCUAGACUUGAUCAUUGCUAGGAUGUGUCAAUCAUUUUGGGAUGAUUAACAUGACGCACACAAAACAACUCUAUGAACAUCAUAAAUAGCCGAAAUAAAUCGGGGACACUAUUUUAAGUGCUCUAUGGUGUCCCUGAUAAUAUCAAUCAUGGAAACAGGGGAAAGACAACAUUUAUCUUAUUGUGGACCAUUCAAUCCCCUGCCUCAGUUGUCGGCUCGUGCCAGGGACUUUUCUAUCGAUGCCCUGAUUUCGGGGUCACAGAGCACCAACACAAGUCUCGUAUCGAGCGAUGAAAGCGAUGAGUCUUUAUUGGAUCGAGAUUCUCCACUUCAUCACGAAGCUAUAUCACCUUUAGAGAAACUGGUAGAAAGAACCACGAGUCCCGGUCAGUUGCUAGAGGCUGUGGCUAACUCGAAAUGCAUUCUACAGACGGAGAAAAGCGAUCGUAGUUCACCUUCAGAUGAUGAGUCACCCAAACCGUCAGACAUUUCGACGACGGGUGCCUGUUCCGAUGGCGAACAGGGCACAGAUUCCAAAUCCGACCACGGAAAGGACACUCCCGACAAUCCGAAAAUGGUCGGAAAGUGCAACUGCGAGCAACUAAUGAGAAUCGACGCGCAAUUGGAAACUAAAGACCUGUGGGAGAAAUUCCACGAAUUGGGUACAGAAAUGAUCAUCACUAAAACGGGAAGGAGAAUGUUUCCAACGCUGAGAAUAUCGUUUAGCGGAGUGGAGAGCCACACCAAAUAUGCAGUGCUACUGGAUAUCGUGCCCAUAGACAAUAAGAGGUAUCGUUAUGCCUAUCAUCGAUCAUCGUGGCUAGUGGCAGGCAAAGCAGAUCCCCCCUCUCCUGCUCGCCUCUACCUCCAUCCCGACUCUCCUUUCACAGGAGACCAACUUCGCAAGCAAGUUGUGUCUUUUGAGAAAGUAAAACUGACAAAUAAUGAGAUGGAUAAACAAGGGCAUAUAGUGCUUAACUCAAUGCACAAGUACCAGCCAAGAAUCCAUCUCAUCCGACUUCGAUCCGAUAGUUCGAGUCCGCCCUUGAUUACCGACUUGGAAGCAGAAUUAUAUAGAACUUAUAUCUUCCCAGAAACGGUUUUUACUGCAGUUACAGCAUAUCAAAAUCAACUGAUUACAAAGUUAAAAAUCGACAGUAAUCCAUUUGCCAAAGGUUUUCGAGAUUCUUCACGACUCACUGAUCUGGAGAGGGAAUCCGUUGAAACUUUAUUAAGAGAACAUGCUUUUCGACAUUCUCCGUUUAGAGCUUUGGUCACUGGAGAUUUAACUGCUGAACCUACUUUGGCAGGGACUUCAGGAUUGACUCGUCUCCCAACUAACAGCGAGUUACUUCUAAUGGCCAGUCAAGGAGCGGUACCUUGGAAAUUUCCUCAUGUGCCUGCAUUAAGUGUAGCCGAUUUGUCAUCAAUAAUGUCAUCCCAUCCCCAAACUGCUGCUAAUUUUGCUAGCUUCUAUUUUGGACUUCCUCGGACAUUUAUUCCACCUUUAUCGUUAUUAAAUACUAACAACGGAUCCUCUCCUACAGAACCAGGAACAUCGUCGUCGUCGGGUACAUAUAACAGAUCUUAUCCUGGUCUUCCAACAGGAUCAAAUUUGUACGCAUCUCGUUUACAUCUAGGAGGGAUUUAUCCUGGACUAAGGUUUCAUCCUUAUCUACAACCUCGACUUUUACAACCGUCUUCUUCCAAAUCUUCUUUAGAUUCCUCCGAAUGCGAUGGACUAGCGCCUCAAGUUUGAUCUUAGAGUUCCUAGAGGCGUCAUUAAUCUUCCUGGAUUAUGGAUAUUUGUAUAUUUGAAACGACAUUCCAGUAAAAUCGAUUGUACAUAUAUAUAAAUAUAUACAGUAUAUACUAGAGGGUUUGGUGAUUUUUGGCAGGAAUGGUCCUCCGGUUAAGCUUCUUUGCAUAGCUCACACUAGUCCAGGUUUAUCGCGUUUGUGAACUUUGAAAAAGUGCAAUAUGGUGUUGGAAUUUAUUUUAAAAUAUUAAAACACUGGUACAUAUCUUAAAUGAUUUUUUUUUAUCUCGUGAAAAUUCUAUCUUAUCCAAAUUGUACAUAGGCCUAUAUAUAAUUUUCUUCUUUAAGAAUUGUAAUGCUUACUACCUCACUUCUCUGACAUAUCCCUCAAAACAUUUGAAGGAAAUUUUGGUUAGAAUUGUAUUGUUUCACAAACAGAAAGACAAAA